CGGGAGCAGCGCGCAGGCGCCGCUGAGCGGUGCAGGGAGCUGGGGCGAGGGCGGCCGGAGCCGCUCAGUCUCGUCCUCCAGUGAACAUCGCUUGGGAGCCGCCGUGUGAGGCUGUGAGCCGCCCCGCUUCUCCUCGACCCCUCUCAGCUCGUCGCCUCCCGGGCCCGUCCUUCAGCCCCGCCGCUUCUGGCGGCCUCUCGCCUCCCGCCAUGGCCGUGUGCCGCCGCCUGGCCCGGCUGGCCGCUCACCUGCAGGACCCUCGCGGGGUGGCCGCCUUCCAGCGGCUGUGCGGGGUGGAGGCCCCCGCCGGCUGGGCCGGGAGCCGGGGACCGGUGGUGAACGGCGGAUCCGCUCCGGACGGACGGCGGCAUCCCGAGGGGAACGGGGCCGUGCCCGGAGGGGCCGCUCCCCCGCAGCUGUGGCGGAGGCCGCGCCGCAAUUCCCUGACGGAGGAGGACGGCUGCAUGGAGUUCAACACCCGCAGCCGCUUCCUCUAUUAUCUGUUCAGCCUGGGCACCGAGCUGGGCAACGAACUCUUUUACAUCCUCUUUUUCCCUUUCUGCAUCUGGAACUUGGACGCUUGGCUGGGCCGCAGGUUGAUCAUCAUCUGGGUGUGGGUGAUGUACCUGGGGCAGUGCACUAAGGAUGUCAUCCGCUGGCCUCGGCCCGCAUCGCCGCCCGUGGUGAAGCUGGAGGUGUUCUACAACUCGGAAUACAGCAUGCCAUCCACACACGCCAUGUCGGGCACUGCCAUCCCUCUGGCUCUGUUGCUGCUCAGCUACGGCCGAUGGCAGUAUCCACUUGUGUUCGGACUGAUCCUUGCCUUCUGCUGGUGUUCUUUGGUUUGCUGCAGUAGAAUUUAUAUGGGAAUGCAUUCCAUUUUGGAUGUUAUUGCUGGAUUUCUGUAUGCAAUUCUCAUCCUAAUUGUCUUCCAUCCACUUGUGGACUUGAUUGAUGACUUCAACCUAACUUACAAGUACGCGCCCCUAAUUAUCAUCAGUCUGCAUUUAGCCCUGGGCAUCUUCUCUUUUACUCUGGACACGUGGAGCACAUCACGAGGAGACACAGCUCAGAUCCUGGGCUGUGGUGCCGGAGUAGCCUGUGGUUCUCACGUUAACUACAUGAUGGGUGUGAAUCUAGAUCCCCCUCUUGAUACACUGCCUUUAUCUCUUUCCUCUCUCACCGUGACUGUGUUUGGAAAAGCCAUAUUACGGUUGUUGAUUGGAGUAAUAAUUCUGUUACUAACAAAAAUAGCAAUGAAGAAAGCCACUAUUCCACUGGCAUGUAAAAUAUUUCGCAUACCACACGAUGACGUACGGAAAGCGAGACAACGCAUGGAAGUUGAGCUACCCUAUCGCUAUAUCACGUAUGGGAUGGUUGGGUUCUCCCUCAUGUCUAUCGUUCCUUGCGUCUUCCAUUUUAUUGGUCUUUCCUGAUGUAGAUUUAUCACUUAAAGUAGGAAAGCAGAGCUAGUUGCUUUUGGAUGAGGUGCACUAGUUUGCUAAGGGAAGGCCAGCGAGCUUGGCUUUCAGCAGGGUCUUCACUUUCACAGCGGUACAUAGCAGACAAAGCAUUUAGAAGACAUUGCACAUCUCUGGUGUGCUGUGGGGCCAGAAGGUGGAUACCUUGAGAAGUGCUGAAGUCUAUAAAUGCUGUGUCUAGACUUACUGCUGUCACAGAGUCUGUUUGCGUGUGAUGCAAUGAAUGUAUCUGGAAUGUCUGUCAUACUGUAUCUGUAUACGUUGAUGCUUUAACAGGUAUGUCUGACAGCUAAUCAGAAAGCUUCAUUCAUGUUUGUUUUUUUUUUUUGUUUUGUUUCCAUUUCAUUGUAACUUAUUCAAGUUGUUGGGCCGUACAGCGCUAAGUUGGUUUUCCUCACUUAUGUCCCAAAAGUUGGGCUUAAGAUGUUUUGGCUAAUAGGCAUUUUUAAUGGACCAAACUUGUUUUUCUUAAAAGAAAGCCCCUCCAAGUAGAAGCUUUUUUUCCUUAGCGUCCCCUGCAGAAUAAGUUGUCUGGAUUGGCACUGGUGGUAAAUAACACUAGAGCAUGUAUGAUUCAGGUACUGUAUAUUACGGUUUAAUAACUGUGCCUUUCUGUCGCUAAAUUAAGAAAUGCCACGUAUACUGUGAUGUAAAAAGACUAAUUGUGUUUAAAAUGGUAUGUAAUUAGGCAGGUAUUUUUAAGCGGUGACUGUCCAUGGUUCAAGUGAACUGGAAUUUUCAUGGUUUAGCCUGUUGAAAUUGCAUAUGCAAAAUGACACAAGAAUUGUUCUUGACUUCAAGAGAUUAUAAAUGGGCAAUAACCUAUUUGUAGGUAUUUUUAAUGUGUAUUGUAAGCUACUUGAAGAGGAUAUAUUUUUCUGGAGAUAUUCACAAUUAUAUGGAAAUAAAACCAAUAAAAAUACUCCGUUUUAUUAAGAAGGGGUCCUAAUAUAGUAUUGCAAACUGAUUAGUACUGUGCUUUUCAGAUGGACGCUUAGAAAAUGUCCUUAUUCUUGAAAAAAGUAGAUAUUUUAAUUCACUAACAUACUGUGUUAAAAGGUAAUAAUCACUUUGACCCAACUUAGCUAUAAGAUAAUGAUCAAAGUAAGUUCAUUAAGCGUUCUGGCAGGUAGGUAUGAGCAUGCAAACGAAAGCACGGUCGUUUCAUGAGCAGUUUGUUCAUGGCUGACCCUUCAAUUGUGGCUUCAUUUGUUUCUUUUUCGGUUUCAUUUUGUCUGUUACUGUGUUACCCAGUUGUUUCCACGUUAGAGACUGGUGUGUUGCAGCAAGAUCUGUCUUACUGUUUGAUCAGAUGGGAGCUGCUUUUAUUUGUAUCAUCAUUUCUUUCAGUAAAACAAUGAUCUGGUUAAGGAAUCAUCCAGCUGGAAUGCACAGCUUACAUUUUCUUACAAAAGACUUGCAAUUAGGAGGUUCUUUUUACUAGAGGUGCGAACUCAGAACUGUUAAUAUGUAAAUGAAAAACUUGAGUUUGUAUCUCUUUCUUCAAAGCAGUCAGAGAUUCCAUACGCUGGCAAUAGAGGACAUGAGAUGUGUGCUCAGAAUGCACAGCUAUGAGCGUAUUCAGAAGAACUGAUUCAGUUGAACUGCUUUUACAGCUGACAAGAUCUUACCUUGUGGAAGGUGGUUGGCUUAUUUCAGUGCAUAUUUCUAUUAUUUGUUCGUCUUUUCCUUUAUUGCAGUUGUCUGCUGAAUGUAUAUGAAAGACAAAUUUGUUUCCAAGGUUUUGAGGGUUUUGAUUUCCUCUGCUUUGGCUUUGAGCACUAAAGCAGUCAUUGAAAUAACAGCUGGCGGGAAUGUACACAAAAUGCCUUAUGUUUAAAAGCCCUCAACAAAUGUUUGUGGUUCCAAUUACUUUGAAGGCAUCUGAUGACAACAAUGGGAUGACUUUUCCUAAAAUUUAGGACAUAUUUUCAUUAAACUUCUUAACUUUGCAUUUUACUAUAAAACAUCUUAAAACUGUAGCAUGUGUGAACAAAACCUAAUUUUUUAAGGUACGUAUUUGAUGUUUAGGAACUUGAAGUUUACAAAGCAAGGGUGUUCUUACAGUGUCUUCUGUAGCUGUGCUUGCUCUGUUGUACUAUUAAUGGAUCCUGCCGUGGAAGAUAUAGAAAGAGUGGGAGGGAAAUGCAGGACUUUCACUGGGCAAAGGAAAAUUGCACUGUAGCUUAUUCUACCAUUACUCAAAAUAUAUAUUUUAUAUUUUUAUAUGUACUUCAGAGUGUCACGUUCCAUGUAGUACAUUGUUUAGUCCACAGAAAACAUGUAUUGGAAUGUUGCUUUGUACAGCACCUUUACUACCCCGUCACUAAGACUGCAGCUGCUUUUCUGAAGUUUACAUGAAUAAACUUGUACUCCUCUAUUUUCAUGUUUAGCACAAGACGUGUAGUAUGAAUUAGUGUUAUAAAGCAGAAGAAAGGAAAAAAAAAAAGCCGAUGGAAAUAUUUUUAUCUUAAUUUAUUUUUGGUUAAUGACAAGUUAAGAUUCCUCCAAUUAGUCAUAAUAAAACAGGUAAAAGUAGAGCACUUUCUUAUCCCUGAAGUACUGCUGGAGUUGGAUGUCAGUAAUUGGUUCUAGUGUGAGCAGCAGCUGGUACCAAAUUAUUGAUAAAUGCAUUUAACAUAGCUUUAAAAGGGCAGUGAAGUGUCUUUGCAGAAGGGCGAUAUGCUUCAUACAUCUCAUGGAGUGGAGCAAAAACAUUACUCACAUGUCACUUCCAGUUCACCUUAAUUCUGAGUCCUGAGGUAAGAAAAUUACAUUCUUGAAGCAGAUAUGGAUUCGCAUUUUUUACAAAGACAUAAAUUGGGAUUAUUUGAUUGCCAUGUGGGAUGGAAAGCUGAAGCUGACAGUAGUGUAGAGCGUAGUUUGGAACUCAAUUCUUAUUUACUGUGGGAUGAAAGAGACAGAAUCCUAAUCUGCCUUAUGCAUAAGAAAUCAGAUGGGGCUGACCCACAGCACAGCGCAUAUGCAAGUUAUACAACUUUUCCUUAUGGAAAAAGCUUCUUGUUUACCAUAAAAGCUCUUAGUUUUGCUUCCCAUUCUGUGAACCGUGACUGAAGCAUCUUUCUUCUGUGGAAUCACCCAUGGGGCUCUUCAGCAUCUGGUCACGUUGCCUUAUUAUUAACCUUGUGAAUUUAAAUAAAAAUGAAAAAUGGAGGUAAAUGGGCAAAACCAAAGGGAGUUGCAUCUUCUUCGUGUAGAAACUUCUUUCUUAAGUUUAGUUACAGCUUUUCUUGUGGAGGGAAAAAAUUAAAAACAAAGCAACCAACCUGGUACCGGAAAGAUGUACUUCUUUAUGAAUGGCAUCUUGGAAUGUGAUGCGUGGCUUUGUUUGCUUCAUACCAGAACAGUGUUAAAUAGUCCACAUUUUAAAAGCUGACAUGUUUUCCUCCACUAUUAGAUUUUAUUAUUGCUUUUGUUGGUGUUUUUUUUUUACACAUUUCUUGUUUAUUUCCCAAGGAGUGUCCUGAGCUACUUGUAAUUCUCCUUACGUGAGGAUUGUUUUGAACUUGUAAAUACUUAAGGGCUGUUAGUGGCUGUUUUAGCUGCUCAGAUACAUAAAACAGGCCUUGCAUGCUGUUUGUAAAUACAUCUGUUGUGUUAAAAGUUGUCUCUAUUUCAGUAUUUGCUUUCUCAAUACAAAAGGGAGAUUCACAUGCAAUAUAAGAUGUUGAACUACUCAAUUGUAUGAGGGGCCAUUGCUGCCCAACUCCUAUUAAUGGUGUUGGGAUUUCUGCACCCAGUUCCAUGCAUUGAGAAUGAACCCUGAAUGCAUCCAAUAAUUAGUGUCUGUUAGGUGACUUACCUUCUAAGGUGUACAUGUCAUAUCCUUGCUUUUGAGGUCUGGGAGGCUGUUCUUAAGAUCUCUUAGCCCAGUUUUUACAAGACUUUUAAAGGACUUGACUUGGAAUUUGUUUUGUAGUAGCUGGAACUGGUUGUACAUCAGCAGCAGUUAAUUGAUAUUUUUUUCCUCUGUACCGUAGCAGUGCUGAGUGACAAGAUCCAGAAUGCUGUCAGUAGCUGAAAUAAUGGCAGGAGAACUGAUUCUUGGUUACUGAGACUCAACAUAAUAGUCUUUGUUUUAAGAUGUAGAGUGUAUCUGGGUCAUACAAUUUACUGCUGUAUUCUACAGAUGACUUUCAGAAGCCUUUGAAUUCCUUGUGUCAGGAAGUUGCACUGAAUGAUUUAAUGCCACAUCUUUGACUGAGUACCGGAGUUGUAGGGAUUGGACAGGACCUCUGGGGGUCAUGAAGUCCAACCCCUGCUAAUGCAGGUUCAUGACAGUGGGCUGCACAGGGGAGCAUCCAGGCAGGUUCUAAGUAUGUCCAGAGAAGAAGAUGCCAUCAAAUCUCUGGACAGCCUGGCUCAGUGCUGUGUUACCUUCAAAGUAAAGAAAAUGUCCGUCCGUCCCCAAACUCUGGUAGAAAGGUUAAUUGUGUUUUGUUCCAUCUGAUAUAUAUGAGCAUAUUUAAAAUUGGCUGUAAAUACUUUAUGUGUCGGAUUGAUAGAUAUCUGGGUCACGAACGUUGUUGUUCUUCCUCUGUUACUUUGUGAAACAAGGGCAAAUGAAACUUAAUCUGGAAACAAAAUGAGGUAUCGUGGCAGAGAGGGUAUUAUUCUUUAGGUGUUCUCUAAAAUACUCGUAUCAGAUGCUGAGUUUUAAGCAAGUUAAUUAUGCAUUAGAAAAUGAUUUUUGCAUUUAGUUCUGCACCUGAAAUAAUUUGCAUAUUGGUAAGAGUCCAUUUAACAGAGUGAAGCAAAGUAGUGAUUGCUUGAAGGAUAUAAUUAAGAUCAAAGAGUGCAAAGGGUACAAAGGAGAACGCUACCUUGAAAAUAUUAAUCCUAAGUGUAAAUUUGCAGCCCUUGCAAUUUCCACUCAACUGUGUGACUGAAUCAGUCACUGAGGGGUGGGGUUUUUCUUUUUUGAGGACUUUAUUUUGUUAGAAAGUCCAGUGGAAGUCCAGGCCGAUGCUCCUGAAAUGGAAAUGAGAUUUUACUACAGGGGUGUUUAUAAUACCAGCACUGAAAGAGAUGAUUUGGUAGCUUGAAAAUUAAGAGCAGAAGCUGAAGGGGAUUUUACGAUAAACUAAAUGCACUUAAAAUAGGGCCAAAAUUUGGCUUGUACUUGAUUUAUAUGAAAUCUGUAGUAGUAUAUAAAUGUAUAUUAAAGAUAUCGCGCGUAUCGGAGGUUAGCUUUUAAAAUUCCACACAUAUAUUUUUCUUGUUGCUGUAUUCCCUGGUAAAAGCAAGUAUCCAUAAAAUAUAACACAGAUUUCUCCAUAUUAGGCGGAGUUAUAUGUUGAUAGUACUUUGAGAAUUGACAUGGCUGUACCCCCGGGCUCUCCGCCUCUUGGAGAGCUUUUAUUUUAAACAGAACAAAACGUGCUUUCAAGUGCAAGCCCUGAUUUAGGUUGAGGAUCUUGUAAUGGUCGCUGUAUAAUAGCAUACAACUGCUGCUUAGAAGUUAAUGUCAGAACCUUUGGUUAUUGUUGAUGAUAUUUUUGUACUUGUACACUUUCUGCAGUUGUCAACUAAUAUUUAAAUUCAUAUUUGCUGGUAACUGAAGUGUCUCACUUCAUCUGCCAAGAGUGUGUAAUAAACUAUUGUUGGAUUCA